CCAGCUUUCUUGCUACUAGCUGAGCGGAGCGCAGCAGCUGGACUGGACCCCUCUGGCCCACGGCGUCAUGAGCCACAACUUGGACGCUGCGCGGAGCUUCUUGGAGCAGUUGAAGGCGCGAGGCGGCCGGGAGAGGGCGAUCCUUGCCGGCGAGUUCAGCGACAUCCAGGCCCGCUCAGCCGCAUGGAAGACUGGCUGUAUGUGCUCCACUGAGGCUGGCAGUCUGCCAGGGAAUGUGAGGAAGAACCGCUACAAAGAUGUGCUGCCCUAUGAUCAGACACGAGUGAUCCUCUCCCUGCUCCAGGAGGAGGGACAUGGCGACUACAUCAAUGGCAACUUCAUCCGGGGCACAGACGGAAGCCAGGCCUACAUCGCCACACAAGGACCCCUGCCUCACACCUUGCUAGACUUCUGGCGCCUGGUCUGGGAGUUUGGGGUCAAGGUGAUCCUGAUGGCAUGUCGAGAAAUGGAGAAUGGGCGGAAAAAGUGUGAGCGUUACUGGGCCCAAGAACAGGAACCACUACAGAUUGGACUUUUCUGCAUCACCCUGACAAGGGAGACAUGGCUGAAUGCAGACAUCAUGCUCAGGACCCUCCAGGUUACUUUUCAGAAGGAAUGUCGUUCUGUGUACCAGCUGCAAUAUAUGUCCUGGCCAGACAGAGGAGUCCCCAGCAAUCCUGAACAUGUGCUCACCAUGGUGGAGGAAGCCCGUCGCCUCCAGGGAUCUGGCCCCAGCCCCCUCUGUGUCCACUGCAGCGCAGGUUGUGGGCGAACAGGUGUCCUGUGCACUGUGGAUUAUGUGAGACAGUUGCUCCUGACCCAGAUGAUCCCACCUAACUUCAGCCUCUUCAACGUGGUCCUGGAGAUAAGAAAGCAGCGGCCUGCAGCUGUGCAGACAGAGGAGCAGUACAGGUUCCUAUACCACACAGUGGCUCAGAUGUUCUUCUCAGCACUCCAAAACACCAGCCCCAUUUACCAGAAUUUCAAGGAGAAUUGUGCCCCAAUCUACGACGAUGCCCUCUCCUUCCAGACUUCCCAGACCCUUCCCACCACACCGCGCCCACCUGGCGAGGUCCUCAGAAGCAUCUCGGUGCCGGGGCCCCCGGCCCUCACCAUGGCCGACACGUACGCGGUGGUGCAGAAGCGCGGGGCGCCCACGGGCACCGGGGCGGGGGCGCGGGGGCGCGGCGCGGAGGAGGCGCCGCUCUACAGCCAAGUGAUGUCGCGCGCCCUGCGGCCGCAGGCGCACACGGAGGACGUGCGUGGGUUGCUGCCUGGCCGCGUUCCUGUUGACCAAAGCCCUGCUGGGCCUGACGCCUAUGAGGAUGUGGUGGAUGGAGCUCAGAAUGGUGGGCUAGGCUUCAACCUGCGCAUUGGAAGGCCUAAAGGGCCCCGGGACCCCCCUGCUGAGUGGACCCACGUGUGAAUGCUGUACCCUGCCUGCCUGUUGCCUCACAUGGGCACCUGGACUGCUGACGGCCAUUCUCUGCUAUGUGAAGUGUUGGAAAUGGGAAUGCUGGUCCUGGAUCAAAAUAAAAGUUUCUCAGGGUGGAAA